AAACCAAACCCACAAAGAACUGAGAGAGUCGCAGGGAAGCCAACCAUCUUUCUUUCUCUUCUUCUAUUCUAAUCGUAUUAUUAUUAAUAUUUUCUUAUAUAUAUAUAUAUAUAUAUAAUCCAUCCAAGUGUCGGUUUUGUUUUCAAAGAAUCAUUUCCAUGGCGUCCCAAGCCAGCCUUCUCCUUCAAAAACAGCUCAAAGAUCUUUGCAAACAUCCUGUCGAUGGAUUUUCUGCUGGUUUGGUUGAUGAAACCAACAUUUUUGAAUGGAGUGUCACCAUAAUUGGACCCCCUGAUACUCUCUAUGAGGGAGGGUUUUUCAAUGCCAUUAUGAGUUUUCCUGCCAAUUACCCGAAUAGUCCACCAUCCGUGAAAUUUACCUCAGAUAUAUGGCACCCUAAUGUAUAUCCUGAUGGCCGGGUUUGCAUAUCAAUCCUUCAUCCUCCCGGUGACGAUCCUAAUGGUUACGAGCUUGCAAGUGAGCGCUGGACACCUGUUCAUACGGUAGAGAGUAUAGUAUUGAGUAUCAUAUCAAUGCUUUCCAGUCCUAACGACGAAUCUCCUGCAAAUGUUGAAGCUGCUACUUCUUCACAAUAUACCACAGAAGUGUCAUCGACUUUAGUGAACAACGGAUUGUCUAUUGUUGUCCAUGUUCUUAUUGGCUUGAAAUAUUUUCCCCCUAGUUUGCUUUGAUCCUCCACAUGGUCUAAUUAUUUCCGCAGAAGGAGUGGAGAGAUAGUAGAGAUGAUUUCAGGAAGAAGGUUGGCCGAUGUGUAAGGAAGUCACAAGAAAUGUUGUGAUUUUGUCUAUGUCUGCGCAUUGUGGUGCUUUUGUGAACCGGAGGAUAUAUAAGUUAUUCCUGUAAUGGAUUGGUUCACCUUUUACUUUUGAUCUGUGUAAGAAUGGCUUUUUUGGAAGUUGGCCACACUACACUUCUACUUUUUUUCAGUUCCAUGUUAGGAAUUGGAAACAAAACUGUAUUCUAAGUGCUUUUGGCUGGUGGUUUGACAGGUUGAUGAGAAAUUUACUUUGUUCAUUUGCAUAAACUCUUUUUUAAUUUUUUUUUUUGAUGAGUUUAAUUAGGUGUUUUGUUUGGUCUUUCUGUUUAAUAUUGUGAUUUUGGAUUCUGCAUUGUGAGGUGUUGCUCUGAUUUGUUGAAUUCAUUUAAUUUUUUGCAA